ACAGACACUCAUGCAUGCAUGCUGCAGAGCAAACAAAAGAUUAGCCACCUUCGAUUCAUCAUUGCCUUCUCGCUUGCUUGAUUGCCUUCGGACUUGGGUUAGCAUGGAUGGAGGCAGUCCCAUGCAGACCGUGCUGUCGGCCCCCGGCGUCAAGGACAAGAAGCUGGUCUCCUUCACCCGCAACGACGAUGCGACCAACGACAAGGACGCCGUCACCGGCCUCAUCCGAUCCAUCGUCGGCGGCGCCACGCCGUCCAGCCCCGCGCAGCGGACGGCCUUCCACGUCUUCCACAUCAACACCGUCGUCGACCUCUUCUCGGCCUGGCGCCGCGGGCUCCCCGACGUGCGCCCCUACUACGCCGUCAAGUGCAACCCGGAGCCGGCGCUCCUGGGCGCGCUCGCCGCGCUGGGCGCGGGGUUCGACUGCGCCAGCCGCGCCGAGAUGGAGGCCGUGCUGGCGCUCGGCGUCCCGCCGGGCCGCAUCGUCUACGCCAACCCAUGCAAGCCCGAGCCGCACCUCGAGUACGCCGCGGGUGCCGGCGUCAGCCUCGCCACCUACGACACCGAGGACGAGGUGGCCAAGGUCGCGCGCUGCCACCCCGGGUGCCAGCUCCUGCUCCGCCUCAAGGCUCCCGACGGCGGCGUCAGCGGCGGCGACCUCAUGAACAAGUACGGCGCGCACGCGCACGAGGUGGCGCCGCUCCUGCGCGCCGCCCAGCGCGCGGGGGUCGGCGUGGCCGGCGUCUCCUUCCACGUCGGGAGCCCCGUGUCCCGCGUCGACGUGUACCGCGGCGCCAUCCAGGCCGCCCGCGCCGCGUUCGACCAGGCCGUCGCCCUCGGCAUGCCGCCCAUGCGCGUCCUCGACGUCGGCGGCGGGUUCACGGCCGGCGCCGCCUUCGACGAGGCGGCGGCCGUCAUCCGCGACGCGCUCGACCGGUCCUUCCGCGACCUGCGGCCCUGCGUCGAGGUGGUCGCCGAGCCCGGGCGGUACUUCGCCACGACGGCGUUCACGCUCGCCGCGCGCGUCAUCGGGAGGCGCGCGCGCGGUGCCGCGCGCGAGUACUGGAUCGACGACGGGGUCUACGGCUCGCUCAACAACGUGCUCAUGGACCACAAGGCUCCGCGCCCGAGACCUCUGGCCAGCUGCCCGCGCCCCGGCGAGGAGACGUACGCGUCCACGGUGUUCGGCCCGACGUGCGACUCCCAGGACAAAGUGGUCACCGGGUAUCAGCUGCCGGAGAUGAGCGUCGGCGACUGGCUCGUCUUCGACGACAUGGGCGCCUACUCCACAAGUGCCGGAUCCAGGUUCAACGGCUUCGACUCGUCGGAGAUUAAGAUCUACGUGGCCUAUUCCAGCUGAGCAAUCACAUCAAUGGCGGCGUCACGAUGAUACAUAUAAUGAUAUCCGUGUUUAAUUUAUUUGCACAUUAGAUUAAUUAACUAGUGAUUCCUCCAUCCAAAAAAUAAGUGCAGCCAAACGAUAUCAAGUUUAACUAGAUUAUACUAUUAACAUUUAUUUGUAUUUCUAAAUAGAAUUAAACUAAAAUAUAUGACGUGAUUAGUGUAAUGAUGAUUGUUUGUUAUUAUAGGUCUUAGUAUAUUUUUUUAUAUUUGGUCAAACUUAAGUUUGUUUAAUUUCUCACAAAAUAUCAAAUGAUGGAUAUCGUUUUCGCACGA